AGGGCGUAUUUGGUAUAUCCAAUGGCGCCAUCAGAAAAUGCGGAAAAUGCAAAUGAUAACAGCAAAAAUCAACGCGGAGCGUGUGAGGUUAAUGGACUGUCAUUUGUAAUGAAGGAUGAGCCAAGACGAGUGAGGUGUGUUGGUCGUUGUGAUAUGGAAUUAGGUGAUAUCACUCAUCACAAUGUUGAGCAAUUGAAACGGCUUAAUCAAGCGGUUUUUCCGGUAGCGUAUAAUGAUAAAUUUUAUAAGGAAAUCGUCACAGCGGGUGAAUUAGCGAAGUUAGCUUAUUUUAAUGAUAUAGUUGUGGGUGGUGUUUGCUGCCGAAUUGAUACGCAAAGUGGAAUACGUCGACUGUACAUUAUGACACUUGGAACUUUGGCACCUUACAGACGACUUGGGAUUGGCACGAUGUUGUUGGAACAUGUUUUCACACUCUGCGAUAAAGAUCCGACAAUUGAAAAUAUCUUUCUUCAUGUGCAGAUUAAUAAUGAGUCGGCAUUGGAUUUCUACAAGCGUUUCGGUUUUGAAGUUGUUGGAGUAGCAGAAAAAUACUAUAAAAGGAUUGAACCAGACAGCGCUUAUAUUUUGGUAAAAAGAAUUGAACGAGAAGUUCGCGAACAUCUUCCGUAGAUCAGCAUUUUUCAGUGUUGCAUUUUUAUCUUUUUGCUCACAAUUUGCUACAGCAUCUGAGAAAAAAAGUAUCGGAUUUAAUGCAGU